UGCUUCAGAGAUCUGAUCUUCAGACAGAAAGCAGGUAGACCCAGGUUGUAUGAUGGAGAGUAAGAGGAAGAGGGUAGAGGUGAAAUAGAUUGUGUAUGAAGAAUAGAAAGAAGUGGAAAUGAGAGUGUACGGGUGUAUAAACAGAUGAUAUAAUGGAGAAAAAAAAUGUAAUUGGGCAAACCAGGUGUAUUUGAUCAUUUAGGGAGAGGGUUGUCAAUUCUUGUCCUGCAACUAUGCUUUUCAACACGUUCUUAUAGCAUUGAUUGGGAAGCAAAUGAAUCCAGAACCUCUGAAGAUUUCUCUCACUGCACCUUUCCCCUAGCCAAGGAAGUUGAAAUGGACCCGGGGGGCCCAUCGCCCCUCAUGCAUUUUGUGGUGGCGAAGAAGACUAUCAACGGUAUAUUUGAUCAGUUGCUGGAGUACGUCAAAGAGGGCUCAGAGUUUGUGGACGAGACAUGGCGAAGUGCGGAUCUGGAGCAGGUCGCAGUGGAGGAGCAGUGCCUUGAAAUCCAGACCUGUGCUAGGAAACUGGCCACCAUUCGGGAGGUGCUGGCGCGUAGGCACAUGAAGGUAGCCUUUUUUGGGAGGACGAGUAAUGGUAAAAGCACAGUGAUCAAUGCCAUGCUGAGGGACCGGGUGCUGCCCAGCGGCAUUGGCCACACCACCAACUGCUUUUUGAGGGUGGAAGGCACAGACGGGGACGAUGCCUACCUCACCACCGAGGGCUCUGAUGACAGAAAAAGCGUCAAGUCAGUCAAUCAGCUGGCCCAUGCCCUGCAUAUGGAGCGCAGUCUAGACUCAGGCUGCCUAGUGAAGGUGUUCUGGCCCAAGUCCAGGUGUGCCCUGCUGAGGGAUGACCUCGUUAUUAUGGACAGCCCAGGGACUGAUGUGACCUCUUACCUGGACAGCUGGAUCGACAAGUUCUGUCUGGAUGCUGACGUCUUUGUGUUGGUGGGCAAUGCAGAGUCCACACUGAUGAACACAGAGAAGCUGUUUUUCCACAAAGUGAGCGAGCGAAUAUCCAAGCCAAACAUUUUUAUCCUGCACAACCGCUGGGAUGCCUCUGCGUGGGAGCCCGAGUACAUUGAUGAACUCCCUCAGGUGCGUAAGCAGCACAUGGACCGCUGUGUGAGUUUCCUGGUGGAGGAGCUGAGGGUGGUGAGACAAGAGGAGGCUCCAGGCCGGAUCUUCUUUGUGUCGGCCAAGGAGGUGCUCAGCUCCAGGAUGCACUGUGCCCAGGGCAUGCCCGAGACAGGUGAGAUCGGUGGCGCUUUAGCAGAGGGAUUUCACGAGAGACUGAGGGAGUUCCAGAGAUUCGAGAGGACUUUUGAGGAGUUCAUCUCACACUCUGCGGUCAAGACCAAGUUUGAGCAGCACACGCUCAGGGCGUGGCAGAUCACAGAAGCAAUCAAAGCAGUCAUGGACGCCAUAAAUAUCGCAUCCGCCGAAAGGAAGAUAUUUUCCCUGGAGGACCGAGAGGACCAGAAGGACCGUCUAGAGUUUGUCAGAGGCCAACUUAACCGCCUGACCGAGAACGUCAAAGAGAAGAUCAACACCAUAACAGAUGAGGUGGCUGCCAAGGUGACCGUUGCCAUGGUGGAGCAGAUUCGUGGUCUCCCAGCGCAGGUUGAUGAGUUCAGUGCUGAUUUUACACCACAUGCAUUGCCGCUCUACAAAGCAAAGCUUAUGAUGCAUGUGGAAGAGAGGAUGAGUACAUGUUUGGCCUUUCGUUGUUCUACUGGGAUCAUUGGCCACAUGCAGUCAUGCCAGAAAAACAUGAUUGAGAAUAUUAGGCCGCUGCUGCCCCCUGAUGUCCAGGAGCAGUUCCACAUUCACCUACCCAGCAGGAAGUUUGUCCUGACCUACGACCUUAACCUGGCCACCCUCUGCGCCGACUUCCAGGAGAACAUCGACUUCCAGUUCUCUCUCGGCUGGACUGCCCUUGUCAGUCGAUUCAUUGGGCCGAGCAAUGCCAAAUGUGCCCUGACGGCCAUGAACCAGAAGUUUCAGAAUACCUCUCCUACUGCACUCCAGGCACAUGGUGGAACCAGCCUACAGGACCACAUGGUCUUUUCAAUGGCAACAGGUGUUGUGUCACUCACCUCCAGAGCCUCCAUGACUGUGCUUGUCAUUGGCGGAGUGGUGUGGCGCUCAGUGGGCUGGAGACUCAUCACCCUCUCCGCAACACUUUAUGGCCUGCUCUACCUGUACGAGAAGCUGACGUGGACCAACGCCUCCAGGGAAAGGGCUCUGAAGCAGCAGUUUGUGGAGCUCGCCAUCCACCGACUUAGGGCCAUCAUCCCCUUCACCAGUGGGAGCUGCAGCCAGCAGGUUCACCAGGAGUUGGCAACGACCUUUGCCCGUCUGUGCCAGCGGGUUGACCUGAGCGAGGUGGAGCUGGAGGGGCACAUUCGACUGCUGAGUGGCAGGAUCCAGAGACUGGAGAACGUCCAGCGACGCUCCAAGACUCUCAGACACAGAGCCACAGAUCUGGAGUCUCAGCUGGAGGCAUUCUCUGCCCAGUAUCUGCAGAAUCAGUGCUGAGUGAACAGAUCCUCACAAGGAGAUACAUUGAGGUUUUCAAUGGAACUGGUUCUGAAAGGGUCUGUGGUACCAUGAUCAUUCUAUACAAAAACUACUCAAUUUCCAAGAACCAAUUUAAAACCAAAAACAGACAUUCCCACAACUUCCAAGGAACCAAAUGUUCUAGCUGGAUAGCAUCUGGAUGUGUCAUUGCAUGUGUUAUCGCAUGGGGCACAUCUCACACAGGUACAGUGCAUUUGGAAUGUAUUCAGACCCCUUGACUUUUUCCACAUUUUCUUAUGUCACAGACUUAUUCU